CUUCCUCCUCCGGCCAGUCGUCCGGCUCCUCAGAGAUGGGCUCCUCGUCUUCGUCGUCGCUGCUGGAUGAAGCUCAGACCGCCUCCAUCACGGAGCGAGCGGAGGCGGAGCUUCAGGACUUUGUUCCGUACUACAGGAAGCAGCUGCUGGUUGCCCGGUUCUCCGAACUGGAGAACAAUCUAGAACCUGAAAGAGGACACACAUUGCGGCUGAGACAGAAGGAUUGCCUUCAGGGUCAGGUUCUCUAUGAAGAACCUGGUUUGGUUCUGGACCACAACAGGAAGUGGACGAGAGCGCUACCUGGUGGUCCGGGGAGGGGUACCGCCUGGAGAACCACGAAGGACUGGAGGCCUUGUGAAGGGGGUCCCUCCAGUCCAGGUUCUGCUGCCCUCUGGUGGUUCCGUCUGGACUUCGGUGGACUCCUAUGUGGACCAGAUCCUGAGGGACUUCCCGAUCUGGAGGGAGUGAGGGAGGAGUUCUCGGGGUUCUCAGGGUUCUCCGGGUCCCGGUUCCUGGUGUUCCUCCGUCUGCCGCACCGCAGGGACUCCGUGUUCUCCUUCAAGAACCAGGACCAGAGGGGACCGGUUCUGCAGAGUCCUGCAGGACUGCAUCCGGCACCAGAACCAGGACUUCCUGAAGAGGCGGAGCCUGGAGGUGGAGGCCUUCGUCCACGCAGUGCGGUUUUCUAACGGGAGAACGGGGGCGGACCCAGGUACCACGCGGGGAGCCUCCUGAUGGCAGCGACGUGCGGGUCCUGUCAGGUCUGGUGAUGGAGCGGCUCCUCCCGGACCUGAAGGCGCCCCGGUUCCCACAAGACCCGCCUGUGGUCCAGUUCCUGGAGGACGUCCACGUCCUGCUGGACUCGGUUCUGCUGGACCGCUUCUCCCGGGUCAAGCAGGACCUGCGGGACUCCCUCCGGAACCGGAACCUGCCAUGACCUCUGACCUGGACCUGAUCGGGAGAGCCGGCGCUCCGUCCGGGACCGGGUCCGAGCUUGUGUGUCGGAGGGCGGCGGAGCGGCUAGCUGCGGAGCAAGUAGCACCGCACCUGAGCGCCCUGCUAACGGCGCGCUGGAGCCAUGCGACGCCUUCCUGCAGGGACGUGGCGUUACCCAGAUGUCAAUGCAGGGGGCUGUCAGAGCCAAGAAUUGGGCGGAGCCAACACCAGAAGAGAAGCUCAUGCUAGCAUGCCUCGUGCUAACCUGCAGAGCUGCUACCAGACCCUGGGACGCGUUAGCGACCAAGCUAGCACCGCACGGGAAGGUCUUCGGGUUCUCCGACGCAGCGGCGCUAAUGCUAACCGACAGCGCGUGCCUGGACCUGCAGCAGCUGGUGGAGAACGCGGUCUUCACAUUCCAACAGAUCCUGCUGGACGAUGACGCCGAGCCAGACUUCCGCCCACAAGGCCAACAACGCGUUUUCUGCAGCAUAUGAUUACGAUUAGCGGCAUCCUGAGGAAGAAGAUCGUCCGGGAGGCACUAAUUAGCAUGACGCUACCGUACGUCAAGGAGCAGCUGGACCGUCAGUACAGGACGGACGUGUGGCAGCGCUGCAGCCGUCGCUGGACUCUGACUCCGCCCCCUUCGUCGCUGUUGACAACGAGUAUGAGAACGUCGUCACGGAGACGCUGACCCGCCACGUGACCAGAGUGCUAAUGGACCCAGCUAACCUGGACCGGUUCCAGCUGGUCCCCGAUCCGGUCCAGGAGAGGAGCUCAGAACCAGAACCUAAACCAGAUCCUGGACCAGUACCUGGGUCAGAACCAGAAUCUAACCGGAACUAGGACCUGGAGAGGAGCCAUUCCCGACACAAAUCCUGGACCAGAACCUGAACCAUUACCAGGAACCUACACCAGAUCCUGGACCUGAAGCACAACCCGGAGUAGUACCCGAACCUAAACCAGAUCCUGGACCAGAACCUGGGUCAGAAUCAGAACCUAAACCAGAACUAGGACCUGGAGAAGACCCUGUCCUUGCGCUAAAUCCUGGACCAGAACCUGAACCAGUACCAGAACCUAAACCAGAUCCUGGACAAGAAUCUGGACCAGAACCAGUCCCUACAUCAGAUCCUGAACCAGUACCAGAACAUAAACCAGAUCCUUUACCAGAAGUUGGACAGUCAGAACCUAGACCCACACCAAGUCCCUGAAUCAGAACCAGUUCCUUCACCAGAACCCGAAGCUGGAUCAGAGCCAAUACCUGGAUCUGUCCCAGAUCGUCAUCCAGAAGGUACACCAGAACCGGUCCCUACACCAGAUCCUGGACCUGUUCCUAACCCCUGUCCCAGAAGGUAGACCAGAACCGGUUCUUAGUCCAGAAUCCAUCCAAAAGCUGGAUCUCUGCCAGAAGGUGGUCUAGAUGAAGGAACUGGACCAGAACCUGGACCAGGACCAGAGCUGUCUGAUGCUACUGCUAGCUUAGCGCCAGACUGCGUGCGUGCUAUCGGCGAGCUCGUGGUGUUGGCUAGCCUUAGCGACGUCGUCCGCCUAAACAAUUGAACCUAGCAGCGCUAAUGUUUCCAUGCUAACCUAAACGCUACUGUUAGCUGUUAGCGUUGACUCGCUCACUUUCUUUUAGCUCUUUCAGCACAAGCUAGGCUAAUAUUAGCCUGUGUUGAGUUAGCAUCCCCUUCCUGUCUUGCUAACUGCCAGUUAAAGACUUUAGCCUAGCCUGUUAGCCACACUAGCUCCGUCCUGUCAGGAUUUGACUCCGGGAAUGUUGGGAAAUGCUUCGUUAGCGCUGAAGUGCCUGUUAGAUACAUUAGCAUAGCAUACAAGGGCGAAGAAAAUGCCGAAUAAACAUUUUGAGUGAAACAAAACAAACUGUCCUGUUCUAUAUUUCCAGUUAGGUUAUGGCUAAUUAGCAUCUGUAGUGCUGGUUAGUUUUUGAUUAGCUUUAUAUUAGUUUGAUAUGCUAGCUCUAUUUUAGCUCUAUGCUAGUCCCAUACUAGCUUCAUAUUAGCGCUAUGCUAGCCCUAUGCUAGCUUCAUAUUAGCCCUAUGCUAGCCCUAGGCUAGCUUCAUAUUAGCCCUAUGCUAGCUUCAUAUUAGCCCUACGCUAGCCCUAUCCUAGCUUCAUAUUAGCCCUAUGCUAGCCCUAUGCUAGCUUCAUAUUAGCCCUAUGCUAGCCCUGUCCCGUGUUGAAUUUGCCGAGGUUAUUUGUUUGUUAUUGUAAUGUAGAUAGUUUUUAAUUAGGUUAUCUUUUUUUCUAAUUUUUUGUGUUAAUCUUCUUCAUAUACAAACGUACAAAAGACAAGACUAGACAAAGGAAAACAAAGCAAAGCGAAACAACUUGCGAACAUCUCCAGAUGACUCGGACGUCAUGCUUCUGUUGGCAGAUCUCUCACUGUACCAUAUAUGUUCUCCCUCCGCCAUCUUGGAUGUCCCCUGCAUCCAGCGCUGUGGUAGCUGCAGAAUAGCUUCUCAUUAACCUUAAGCUAGCUUUAUACUAGCUCUACAUUAGCUCUGUGCUAGCUCUAUGCUACCUACAUAAUAGUUUCUCAUUAGCCUUAAGCUAGCUUUAUACUAGCUCUAUAUUAGCUCUGUGCUAGCUCUAUGCUACCUGCAUAAUAGCUUCGCAUUAGCCUCAAGCUAGCUUUAUACUAGCUCUAUAUUAGCUAUGUGCUAGCUCUAUGCUACCUGCAUAAUAGCUUCUCAUUAACAUUAAGCUAGCUUUAUACUAGCUCUAUAUUAGCUGUGUGCUAACUCUAUGCUACCUGCAUAAUAGCUUCUCAUUAACAUUAAGCUAGCUUUAUACUAGCUCUAUAUUAGCUGUGUGCUAACUCUAUGCUACCUGCAUAAUAGCUUCUCAUUAACAUUAAGCUAGCUUUAUACUAGCUCUAUUCGAGCUCAAUAUUGGCUCUGUGUUCUCCACACGUUCCAGGUUCUCCCCUUUCAGCACGGGAUGCUAAUUUUAGCGUAGCGUCUCAGGAAUCCACCCACCGCCCCCUUCCUGGUGUCCUCUUUAGCUCCGCCCCCCUCCCCUUGAAGAAAACCACCCUGCUCAGACACUGACCUGCAUUCUGAGGAGGAACCUCGACCAGAUCUGGAACCUGGAACCUUUAACAGAGAACUUCCUCCUUCCCCGUUGCCAUGGGAACCACCACCGAAGGAUCAGAGCCCCCAAGUCCGGGUCCGGGUCCCGCGUUUGGAUCAGACACUGCAGAAUCCGCCGCGGCGCCACUAGCUAACCUGGAGUACGCGGAGGCCCACAAUGCAAUGCGGGAGCGCUGGAAGCAGGCAGAUGCUAACAUGUGCAAACAUAGCAUGUCAUUCCACCUGCACCACACGCUGCGCUCCGAGUUCUUCGCCAGCUACCUGUACCUGGUGGUGCAGAUCCCGCUAGUGAAGCUGUUCCCGCUAACGUGCGAGUUCCAGGAGGGAGAGAAGACGUUCUACUACCGAGCGCAGAAGUUCUACGAGGAUGUUCCGGCUACGGAGGAGGGCAUGAUGGGAGAUUUUCUGGAGGUGUCCAACGUCGACCUGGAAGGUUCUCGAAGGUUCCUCGCUAGAUUUAUGGGCCCCGGGAAGGCCGGCUCGUCCUUCGCCCUGGACUGCGGCUCCGGGAUCGGCCGGGUGUCGCGCUCCGUCCUGCUGCCGGUCUUCGGGAAGGUGGACCUGGUGGACAUGGAGGAGCGCUUCCUGCUGGAGGCCCACCAGGACUUCCUGGGCGACGGCGCCGACCGGGUGGAGACGCUGUUCUGCUACAGCCUGCAGGACUUCACCCCCCCCCGGGACAAGUACGACGUGGUCUGGAUACAGUGGGUGGCCUGUCACCUGACUGAUAAGGACCUGAUGAACUUCCUGCGCCGCUGCCGGAAGAGUCUCCGCCCCGACGGCGUCAUCAUCCUCAAGGACAACAUGGCGCGGCAGGGCGCUAAGCUAGACGUUAGCGACAGCAGCAUUAGCCGCCACCUGGACAUCAUGCGGGCCAUCAUCGCCGCCGCCGGGCUGGAGAUCCUGGGGGCGGAGCCUCAGGGGGGCUUCCCCGACAUCAUGAUGCCUGUCUGGACGAUCGCCAUGCGCUAAGCUAGCUGCCUAGUAUGUCAGACAAAACAAGCUAUUAGCAAGGACCUUAUGCUUUAUUAGUCUGGGGAAGCUAACGUUAGCCGGUUAGCUUCGGAACAGUUAGCAUCAUGCUAGUUCUGCCAAUGCUAUCAUUAGAAGGUUAGUGUUAGUAUCAUGAGAAAGAUGCUAGCUCUUUUAAAGCUAAUGUUAGCAGGUUAUCAGCUAGCAUGAUGCUAGUUAUACCUACGCUGACUUUAGCAGGUGAUCUGUCGAGAUGUUAGCAUGAUGCUAACUCUUAUUUAAAUGUUGUGUUUUUUUUACGAAUGUUGCUGAAGAAUAAACAUUUUGAAAUGUUGAGUUCA